AUUUAGGGGUCGAACUAUAGAUUUCGAGCAGUGAGCCUAUCACCCACUCACACGUGUUAGUGUCAUCGAAGGGAGUUUGGUGAAAUUUGUGUUUUCUUUUUUACAUUGGGGCACAGCUUUGAGACUUCGACUUAGAUAUUCUACCCCUAAGACAACAAGAUGAACAAGGUCGAGUUAAAAAAGAAGAACAAGGAUCAGGGACCCUGCGCCCGGGUGCGUAAGAUUCGUCCAAUCAACAUGGGCGGCAACGUGGAGCAGCGUCCUUGGACUCCAACUGUCAGGAUCGGCAGGAUCGCCGCCGAGACCACCAAUCCAGGUCCAGCCACCGUCCAGCUUCCAACUUUGAUCGGCAGCAAAGUGCCCGACUCGAAGAAGAAGGCCGCCCCCUCGUACUCCUUCGGGCACAAGUUGGGCGGCAAGUACGACACCUCCGGACCGGGUCCGGCGCAGUACAAUGUUACGGGUAUGCGGGCCAAGGGUCGCGACUAUCCCCGCGCAGCCACGCUGCAGAGCAGGCCCAAGGAACUGACGAGAUUCUCGAAUCCCGGACCCGGCGAAUACGAUGUGGUGCCGGCGGCCAAGGCGGUGAUCGAUGCCACGCCCAAGUACACCUUUGGCCAGCGGCCGGUGGCGUUGAAAACCUUCCAGAUACCAGGUCCCAACCAUUAUCAAGUGGUGCCACUUGAUGUCGUCAAGCGGCGAGCCCCACGAUACUCCUUUCGCAUUAAGGUUAACGUGUAUUUGGUUAACAAUCCAGCUCCGAAUAGCUAUUGCCCUGAAAAGGUCACGCAAUCAAAAAAGAAUGCGCCACGCUACACUUUCGGUAGACGAACUAAAAUCGAACACGAUCAGGGCACACCAGCUCCCGGCGCAUAUUGUCCGGAGAAGGUGAAGCUCAACAAGACGCCAGAGUUCAGCUUCGGCAUCAAGCACCACGAACAGAGACCGGAUUACACACCAGCGCCAGGCACCUACAAGCCCGAGCAGGUGGUCCUGGAACACAUGCCCGCCUACAGCUUCGGCUUGAAAACCAAACACAUGCAGGUCAGCGACACGCCAGCACCCGGUGCCUACAGCCCCGAAAAGUCCCGGUUGCACUCCACACCCGCCUACUCAAUCGCCGGAAAGGCAUCUCAGGACGUGGUCGAUUGCACACCUGCACCCGGAGCAUACGAACCCGAGAAGUGCGUCCUAAGCAGGACGCCUGCCUUCAGCUUUGGCCACCGCGCCGAGCUCGCCAAGUGCAGUGACACACCCGCGCCGGGCACCUACAAUCCGGAGAAGGUGCGGCUGGACCACACGCCCGCAUUCACCCUGUCCGGACGUCCGGAAACGAGGUCCGUGAGCGAGACUCCGGCGCCCGGUUCGUAUGCCCCGGAAAAGUACCGCAACGAUCGAACGCCGGCCUUCACCUUCGGCGGUAAGCACGAGCAGCGCCUCGAGAGCUCCACUCCGGCACCGGGCGACUACUGUCCCGAAAAAGUGCGGCACGAUCACAAUCCCGCUUUCUCAUUCGCCGGUCGCCACGAUCUGCACAAGCCCAGCGACACACCAGCACCCGGAGCCUACGACACCGACAAGGUCCGGCAAGAUCACAAUCCGGCCUUCUCCUUUGCCGGGCGCCACGAUCUGCACAAGCCCAGUGAAACGCCCGCUCCGGGCGCCUACUCUCCGGAGAAGGUGCGACACGAUCACAAUCCUGCCUUCUCCAUGGCCGGGAAGUACACUCAGAAGGUGUCCAGCGACAGUCCGGCUCCUGGGGACUACUGUCCCGAGAAGGUCCGCCUGGACCACACUCCCGCCUACAGCUUUGGCGUAAAGAGUGAUCCAAAGGUAGAGAACAGCACUCCGGCGCCGGGUGAUUACCAUCCCGAAAAGGUUAGGCAGGACCACAAUCCCGCAUUUUCAUUCGCCGGUCGUCACGACCUUCAGAAACCAGACCACACUCCCGCCCCUGGAGCCUACUUCCCGGAGAAAGUAAGGCUGGACCACAACCCAGCUUUCUCCAUGGCGGGCAAGCAUGAUGCCAAGGUUACCAAUGACACACCUGCUCCCGGUGACUAUAGCCCCGAGAAAGUCAGGCAAGAUACCAACCUGGCGUACUCCUUUGCUGGCCGUCAUGAUCUCCACAAGCCCAGCGAAACUCCCGCUCCCGGUGCUUACUCGCCGGAGAAGGUGAGGCUAGAUCACAAUCCGGCUUUCACGAUGGCUGGCAAGUACGAUCAGAAGAUCUUAAAUGGCACUCCCGCACCCGGAGACUACAGUCCCGAGAAGUGUAGACUAGAUAACACACCUGCUUACAGUUUUGGUGGAAAGAACGAUCCCAGAGUAGAAAACAACACCCCGGCUCCAGGGGACUACCAUCCGGAGAAGGUGAGGCUGGAUCACAAUCCAGCGUUCUCCUUUGCCGGACGCCACGACCUUCAUAAGCCCAGUGAUACUCCUGCUCCAGGAGCCUACUCCCCCGAGAAGGUACGUCAAGAUCAUAACCCAGCAUUUUCCAUGGCAGGCAAGCCGGUGGAAAAGCUGACUAAUGGCACACCGGCUCCCGGAGACUACUGCCCGGAGAAAGUGCGUUUAGACCAUACUCCGGCCUACACUUUCGGUGGCAAAAACGAUCCGAAAGUGGAGAACAAUACUCCUGCUCCCGGAGACUACGCCCCCGAAAAAGUCAGGCAAGAUCAUAACCCAGCUUUCUCAUUUGCUGGUCGCCAUGAUCUCCACAAACCGAGUGAUACGCCCGCCCCUGGUGCCUACUGUCCGGAGAAGGUACGUCAGGAUCGCAAUCCGGCCUUCUCAAUGGCGGGUAAGCACAGUCAAAAGAUCGCCAACGACACUCCAGCUCCUGGCGAUUACAGUCCGGAAAAGGUGCGUCUAGACCACACACCUGCCUAUACUUUCGGGGGAAAAAACGAGCCCAGAGUGGAGAACAAUAACCCAGCUCCAGGUGACUAUCAUCCCGAGAAAGUUAGGCAGGAUCAUAACCCAGCAUUCUCUUUCGCUGGCCGUCAUGAUCUUCAAAAGCCUAGCGACACUCCCGCUCCUGGAGCCUACUUUCCUGAAAAAGUCAGACAGGAUCAUAAUCCUGCCUUUUCAAUGGCCGGCAAGCAUGAUCCUAAGGUUUGCAAUGACACUCCUGCCCCUGGCGACUACAGUCCCGAAAAGGUCCGUCUAGAUUACACACCUUCCUUCACCUUUGCUGGCAAAAACAAUCCCAAAGUUGAGAACGAUAACCCAGCUCCAGGUGACUAUCAUCCCGAGAAGGUUAGACAAGAUAACAACCCUGCCUUUUCCUUUGCCGGUAGGCACGAUCUUCACAAGCCCAGUGACACCCCUGCUCCAGGAGCGUACUCGCCGGAGAAGGUGAGGCAAGAUCACAAUCCCGCAUUCUCCAUGGCUGGUAAGCACAUUGAGAAGAUUACCAAUGGCACGCCAGCUCCAGGGGAUUACAGUCCCGAGAAGGUUCGCUUAGAUCACACUCCCGCUUUUACCUUUGGGGGCAAGAACGACCCUAGGGUGGAGAACAAUACACCGGCGCCAGGAGAUUAUCAUCCCGAGAAAGUUAGACAAGAUCACAACCCUGCCUUUUCCUUUGCCGGUCGCCAUGACCUCCACAAGCCCAGUGAGACUCCUGCUCCCGGAGCUUACUCCCCAGAGAAGGUUAGGCAAGACCACAAUCCCGCCUUUACAAUGGCCGGCAAGCAUGACCCAAAGGUUACCAAUGACACUCCAGCCCCAGGGGACUACCAUCCCGAGAAGGUUAGGCUAGAUCACAAUCCCGCCUUCUCCUUCGCCGGUCGCCAUGACCUGCAGAGGCCCAGUGAAACGCCCGCACCCGGAGACUACUUCCCGGAGAAGGUCAGGCAGGACUUCAACCCGGCGUUCACCUUCGCCGGCAAACACGAUCCCAGAUCACUGAGCGAAUCCCCCGCUCCCGGCGACUACAGCCCCGAGAAGGUGCGACUGGACCAUGCACCCGCUUUCAGCUUUGGCGGCAAGCACGACCCCAAGGCGGAGCACCUUCAUCCCGCGCCAUGCGACUACGCCCCCGAGAAAGUGCGUCUCGACCAUACACCCGCCUACACCAUUGCAGGUCGUCCAGCCGCCGAUCCCGUGAGCCAGACGCCGGCUCCCUGCGACUACCAUCCGGAGCAGUGCCAGGUGGACAGCACGCCAGCGUUCACCUUCGGCAUGCGCCUGGGAAGGGAGCGCUUCUCCGAUACGCCAGCACCCUCCGCCUAUGAGCCGGAAAAGCACUCACUGCACUCCACACCCGCCUACAGCUUCGGCACCAAGUCGGAUAUCCGCGUGACCACCGAUGCUCCAGCACCUGGUCACUAUCAUCCGGAGCAGUGCAAGCUGGACAGCUCGCCAGCCUACAGCUUUGGCCUGAAGACGGUGCCCACUGCUUCGCUUCCAGAACCCAGAGGCGCGUACAUCGAAGAUCGCAUUGUGCAGAGACGCGAACGCCGUCUGGCCAGUCCCGUACGCAACAACGCGGAAUGCACCACCACAACCACCAACAACAAUGCUAGUAGCAGCACCACCACCAACCACACGAACAACAAUGCCGGUAGCAGCACCACCACAACAACCACCACCACCACCACAAAGACCUUCAUUAACGGAGUGGAGCAGCCGGAGCUGCAGAAGAAGGAAACCACCAAGCAGGUGAAUGGCACCCACAAGGAGCUUAAGUCCGCACCACCAGCACCACUGAGCAAUGGCAAUGUCGUUUCCAAUGGCAACCACUCGAAGAUGGUCAGCACCACCACCAGGAUUCAGGAAGUUGCCCACGCGCAGAAGGAGAGUGGCAACUUGAAGGUGGUGGCCAGUGGUAAGUCUGAUGCCAGUGCCACCAAGGCGGCGGCCGUGAGCCACCAGACUGUGAUGCACGCGGAUGGCGCCAUCGUGACCAGUGGCCAAUCCUCGAGGAUGCAGACGGUCAAGUACGCUGUGGAGGCGAGCAGCGUGCAGGAGAAGAUUAUCAGCUCCUAAUGUCUACAAAAUACCCACCGUCAUGGGCAGCAGCAAGGAGGGCAAGAUUCGCUCGGCUCCGGCUUACACGAUUACGGGUCGCGAGAAGCCUCCGCUGAUUCCGGUGAUGAUCUUCCCCGGACCCGGCUACUACGAC